AUGCAGUACAACUUUCCGUGCAACAUUGUGCCCGAUACUACCGAAGGCGGAUGGGGUUACCUCGUCUCUUUUUCCGACAUACCAUUCGCCCAUACCGGCGGCAAAACCUUCAAGGAAUCAAUCAUCCUCGCUGAGGAUUGCCUGGUGGUGGCCCUGAGCUGCUACGUGGACCUGGGCAAAGAGCUGCCCACACCCAGCUCUUUCCAGGACGGGCAGGAGUUGCUGACGGUGCAGCCCGUUAUCGCUGCCCAGCUGGACCUGUACACCGCCAUGCGCGAGCAGAAGGUCACCCAGGCGGACUUGGCGCAACGGUUGGCUAUCAGCGAGAAGGACGUCAGCGGCUUGUUGAGCCUGGACUACUGCACCCCGAUCGGUCAGGUCGCCGAAGCGCUGCGCGCCGUGGGUUGUGACCUGUCUACCGCCGGUGCGGCCGCCUGA